CAUAAAUUCAAAUAUGCAAUCUCUAUUUGUAAAGUGUUAGAAAUGUCAACAACGACCAGCCACAAUCAAAUGUUCUUAAUGUCGUUACGGCCAAACCUACAGACUCUGCUAUUCCUGUGAUUCGUAAAUUCACAAUCGCACAGGUCCAAUCGACUAAUAACACAAAACAGAAAUCAUACCCUAUCAAGGUACACCUAUUUCCCUAAGAUAGAAAUGUAUCAAAAGAAUUAGAAUUUUGCACCAGCUCCCUCUAAACUCGAACAAUCAAAUUAAAUUAAAAAGAAUGAAUUUAAAGCCCAACCGCCAACAAAAGAUUAUUUGUCAAGCGAAACAAGAAAACCUGAUUAUUCUAAAACUAUUGAUGUUAAUAGGAAACCUGAAUAUCCAGAAAAGAAACACGAUUAUUUGGAUAAAAAAGUUGAUAGUCAUGACAAAAGAUAUGAUUAGCAAUACUCAGCAGGUUUUGAUAAAAAAUAGUAUACAUCCAAUCAAAAGCCUUAAGAUUAAGAUAGAGCCAGCUAAUCCAUUAUGAAUUAAUUGAAAGAUGAAUAAUAAUAAACAGAACGCUUGAAGGCUGAGUUGAAUAUGGCUAAAGACAGAGAAAAGGACUUCCAAAAGAGAUUGUAACACUAUUAAUUUGAUGUGUAUUAGGUCUAAGUUGGAAUAAGAUUACGAAUCAAAGCAUAGAGAAGAUAAAUAAAAAAUCCAAUAAUUGUAGGAUGAAAAUAAAAAUUUAAAUCAGAAACUCAACCAAGCCAAUAGACAUUUACAGGAAGAAAUCAAUAAGGUUAGACAUUAAUAUGAAUCCUAACUUAACGAACUUGAGUAAGCUUACAAUGAAAAAGAGUAAUAGUUAGAAUAAAUAACAUAAGAAUUUAAUUUAGUAAUUGAUUAUGUAAAUAAAAAUAGGAGGAAAUAUAAAAAAAAAUAGAAGAAUUAUAAUAAGAGUCAGAUAUGAAAGACUAAAUUAUUGAACAAUAUCAAUAGUAACUACAAGAUAUGUAAGAAGCAAUUCAAUAAAUUCAAGAAGAAUAAGCAAACAAUAGUAGGAACACUAGAAAUCAAUUCUCGUCAAAUAAGAAAUUAUCAAAGAGUCAAGAUAAUGAUAAGGAUCAAUUGAUUUAGAAUUUACAACAAUAACUUGAAGCAAAAGAUGAGGAUUGCAGAAAAUUAGAAGGUAAUUUAAAUAAAUAACUUAUAUUUAGAUUUGAUAGAAAAUUUCAAGCCCUUAUAUUAAAAUUUAAGUGAUGAAAAACAACAGUUAUAAGAGGAAGUGGAAAAACUUGCAAAUGAAAAUAACCAAUUCAGAGAAAUCUUUAGUGUAAUAUAUUACAAAAAAUUUAGUAAAACUUGCAUCUCUUCGGAAUCGACCCUGAAUAAUUGAAUGAAGAAGGCGAAGAAGGAGAAGAAGGAGAAGGAGAGGGCGAAUAUCCUGAAGAAAUUGCAGAGGAAAAUGAUGAUCAAAAUGAUUGA